AUUCAGUAACAAUAUUCUUCUGGCGACAAGAACAUAUACGCAUUAUGGAUUUUUACUACCUUCCAGCGUCUGCACCUUGUCGUGCCGUCAUCAUGACCGCUAGCGCGAUUGGCAUCGAGUUAAAUAAGAAAUACCUAGAUCUAUUUGCGGGCGAACAUUUGAAGCCCGAGUUUCUCAAACUCAAUCCUCAACACACCAUUCCCACCUUGGUGGACAACGGUUUCGCUAUCUGGGAUUCCCGUGCAAUAAUCGUCUAUUUGGCUGAGAAAUAUGGCAAAGACGACAGCCUCUAUCCCAAAUGUCCUAAAAAUCGCGCUGUUGUAAAUCAAAGAUUGUAUUUUGAUGCUGGCACCUUGUAUCAGGCAUUCGUCGAAGCUUAUGUUGAAAAAUAUCUUUUCGAAAAACCCAUUACCGAAGAAAAAUAUAAGAAGAUUUCUACCGCUUUUGAGUUUUUGAAUACAUUUUUGGAGGGCCAGACCUACGUGGCUGGGAGUUCAUUGACUUUGGCCGAUAUUUCAUUGUUGGCAACAGUGUCGUCAUACGAAGUGGCCAAGUAUGACUUUAGUAAAUAUAGUAAUGUGUCUAGAUGGUACGAGGAUUUAAAGAAGGUCGCACCUGCCUGGAAAGAGAACUGGGCGGGUUGUUUGGAAUAUAAAAAGCUUUUAGAACGUUAAAUUACAAAUCAAAUAGAUAUAAUAAAAUUUGUUACCUCUAGAAUUA